AUGGCUGUAAAACUUAAAGAAGCAGAUGAUGAAAUGCGCCGUGUCAAGAAUAUUUUAAUUUGCGGGAUCGCAGAGGCCCAAGGAGACAGCGCUGUGAAGAAAAAACAGGAUAAAGAAAAACUCGAUUUGAUACUCAGCUCGCUCGGUUCAACAGCCGAAAUGGUUUCUUUUUAUAGAAUCGAAAAACCAAAUUCUAACAAUAAAUACCCUCGAAUGAUUAAAGUCACUUUUCAAUGCCAAUCUGAUGCUAAAUUUAUUCUUCGUUUAAAACGAAAACUGAUGGAAAAUAAUUUAACCAAGGAUUUUAGUAUCACCGAUGACAAAACUCAGGCUCAAAAUUCAUACCUAAACGAACUUAGAACUGAAUUGGAAAAUAAAAAUCGAAAUGGCACUGACAAGUACAUUAAUGGAUCACCAAAGAUCGUACACAAAUUUUAG